CGGUCUCCCGACUGGCCUUCUGGGUAGAGUCUGCGCGAGUGGGAGUGGAGAGCGAGUCGCUCGGUCUCGGCAGCAUUCACCCACUCAACGCGGCGGCGGCGGCGGCACUCCCCGUACGAACCUCCCACCGACGGACCGACUAACCAAAUCAAACGGCGCAUCGAACGAACAACCGACCGCCCGGGAGACCGUUGGUAUCGUUCCCGAGCGCCUCCUUUCCCGGCUUCUUUGUCGUCUUCUUCUUUGGCUGAUAGAGGAACCACGCGAGGCGGAACUACCCGGUCAGAGGAGCCCCCCCUCCCCUCUAAGCUAAUAGCCAGCCAUUACGAGACCAGACGACACGACGAGCGGCUAUGGAGUGACGGAGAGCGGUCGCGAGAAGAGCCGAGGAGGACGGCGUGCUCCGCUCGAAGCCAACAUGGCGCUCGUGCUCUUUCGAGCUUCGGCCGAGCUGAGUUGAUUUUCCCCGGACUUCGCCACCUGUAUCUCCCUCGGUGGACCGACACUCGGAUACUAAACGCGAAACUGGCUUCUUUUUCUUGAAGAAAUAAGGAUGACUUUCCUUUAGAGUGGAUAACCCGUUCGACACUUUUUUGUGUUUAAAACUUGGCAAAAGAGGACAAAAAAACGACACAAGUUGGCUGGAAGUGACGCCGAAAUAUCCAGGGCUACUACAUCUGUUCGUGAUGUCGAUGCUGAGACACAAACCAAUCUGGAACUAAGACGAGGGAACCACAUCACAGACAUGGUGGAUGCAAGGUUGACACCCCUGGCACCCCUGGGGUUGGAUCGAGGCACACUGAUACACGAUGGACUUCGCCUCCACGGUGGCGUUGUGUAUCCAGGGAUCAGAACGCUUCAGACGGAGAAGAGUCGAGAGGCGCCUGUCCUACCACUCGGUUACAGCCGGGAUGGUCUACCAGAGCUUGUCUACAAGCCCGACAGCCCUCUGGACAGUCGUAAACCCACGAAUGGAUACCUGGGCCUAUACAAGGGCAUCCCGCAUAAUCUCCACAAGCCGGUGCUGAUUCCCGGAGCGGAGGGUUUAAGCUUGGAACGACGGGUGGCACCAGGGGAAAAAGCCGCUGAAAUGAGCUUGGCAUCUGCUGGUGGAAGCUACCUCCGUCUGCCCUGGCUUAACCCCUACCCGGAAGCCAGCAUGUAUCCCUUCAUGGACUCAUCCAAAUAUGCGGCUCUGAACAUGUAUAAGGCUUCAUUGCUCAGCCAGCCCAACCCUUACCUUCCCCAGCAUCUGGCAUACCCUUCUCUCUGUGCGCCCCAGGGUGGAAAUGUGAACCCUGCUGCAGUCACCUCUGCUGCCGAGAGGAUCUACUAUAUGCCUCCUUACCCUCCUCCUACUAUCUCCUCUCCCCUGGUGGCGCCCCCAAUGAGGAUCCCACCUGUCACGGUGGCCCCCACAUCGCUGGUGCAUUGCCAGGACAAAGCGCUCGGUGUUGCUCCUCCAUUUGUGCAGCAGCUUCACCAACCUUCCCCUCAUCCUCAGCAUCAUCCGCCUACUAUAGACAGGGAGCGAUCGCCAAACAGGAGCAGUCGGCCAAGUAGACCUCCUUCUCGGAGUGGAACUAGCAAUAACAGCAGUAAUACAAGCACGGGUGCUACCAGUGGUGGGAAUAAUAAUAAUAGUCUGCCGACUGACUCCUCACCUCAUGCAUCUUCUCGCCUCUCCCAACCGCUCAUUGACAAUUCACUGGAUUUACAAAGGCCAGUUGCAAGGAUAGGCCAGCUGCCCUCCUCUUCAGCUUCAAUAUCUGCCUCACCUUCUGCCACACAGCCUAUAUCUCAUCUAUUAUCUGUCAGCAGCAUGGCCUCAGAGCAGCCCUCCCCUGCCCCACCCAGACCAAGAGACGGGGUGCCCAGUGCUGAAAGGAGACCCAGCAGGUCACCCUCAAAGUCCAACUUUGACAGGACCGCUCACCCACCCCAAGCAACCAAAGAAUCAGCAGAGAAGCCAUUGGAUUUGUCUGGAAGAAUGCUUGAGUUUGGGCUGCCUCCUAAUGGUUUCCCCAUUAAGAUGGACACUAUAGCUCCUGGUACACGUUACGGACUCCCCCCAAAUGGAGAGCUCCUAAAAGAGAACCUAUCCCUCUCUCCCUCCUCCCACCCUCACUCUGUGUUAAACAGCACUUCUUCAAAGGCCUCAGAGAGACCAGAGAUGAUCAGCACUUUACACUCCUCCUGGGUGAUACCCAGUCGGUCUCCCUCCCAAACACAGCACACCCCAGGCUUAUCACCAUCUCCCAGGCCCAAUGCAGAUUUGGGACCUUCACAAGCCAAAGGCUCCUCACCCUCAGUCAUCAAACACAAGAGUCUAGAAAGGGUGCUCCCGCAGCAGCGUAGCUCAUCCUGUCCAAGGAUAAGUGAGCCCAACAGUCAACACUUGGACUCCGCUCACAUCAGCUCCAGGGGUCUUUCUCCCAAACCCAACACUGACUGGGUCAAACACAGCCCUAUUCAGUCAGAACACGCACCAGUCAUGGGCCACCACAGAGAGGGAGCGGAGAAGUCCCAGAGUGCUAAGAGAGGAGAGUCCACUCCUGAAACAUACAAAAGGCCCAUGUUAGAGAACGGCCACCCCGCUGGGCCCCUGUACCUUCCUCAGAGUGACGCCUACCUGAGCCACAGCUUGGCCUAUGCCAAUCGAUAUCUGCACUACCCCAUCCCUGACAGCAUGGCACUUCAUUCUCUGCCAAUUGCAGGGAAAGGUCCUGUCUAUCCUCACCCAGUGUUGCUGGGCAGCAAUAACCUUUAUCCAACUCACUUGGCAGCAAAAGCCCCUUUACCUUACCACAACUUGCCACCUGGUUCAGCAGGGGAAUACCUUGCUUAUAACUCACAGGAGAUGGCCCACCCACUGAUGCAGCCUCACUCCGAUAACAAGCUCUUAGAAAGGGGAGAUGGCAACUUCAAACCAAGGGGACAAGAAAAAUCCAGGGGUUCUUUUGAUGAAAGAGAGAAAAACAUGGGUAAGGAGAUGAGAGAAGGGAGCCAAAUAAAGUCUGAUAAAGAAGGACAAGGCACUAGUCAAAUGAAAAGACCUUCUCAGUCUGUAGCUUCCCGAGAAAAGAUUGACUGCAUUGACCUUGUUCACUCGGACACCGAUGCAGAGUCUACCCCAACCGUCCAGAAGCAACCCUCAGCAGAAUCCUCAACUUUUGACCAAAAUGAACGUUACCACAGUAACCAAAACACGUUGAGGAUGGAGUAUGAGCCAAAAUUUCAUCUUUCUCAUCCUUAUCCAAUGCUCUCUAGACAGAGCCCCACACAGAGACCCAGCCCUACGGAUAGGCAGCAGGAAACUCCCUAUGGAAAGCCAAAGGUUCAUCAGGAGACAGGCUGUCCUGGAGCAACAUCGAACACGUCCGCAAAUAAUCCAGGACAGCUCUGCCAAGAACAAGAUGACUCCUCAGAGCAACAGUGCCCCAGCCCAGACCCCGCAGAUGACGACCAGAGCACUUUGCGCUGUGCCCGAACAUCUGGGGAGCGCAGCUCUGGUAAGGACAAAGGGCAGCGGGACAGCAGGGGUCCUCACUUCACUAAUUCGCGUUACACUGCAAAAGAGGGUACAUGUAGAGACACUGAAAAUGAAGACAGCGUUGUGGACCUAGGGGAGUCUCAAGGCGAGGGCGACGAUGAGGACGAGGACGACGAGAUUAGCCAGACCUCGACCAGAAACUCCCGUCGGUCCAGCCUCGCCAAGAGAAUCGCCAACUCAUCAGGCUAUGUUGGCGACCGCUUUAAAUGCGUUACCACAGAACUGUAUGCCGACUCCAGCAAGCUGAGCCGCGAGCAGAGAGCUCUGCAGCGGGCCAUGAUGCGGUUCUCAGAGUUGGAGCUGAAAGAGAAGGAGGGCGGCGGCGGUGUGUGCGUGUCUCUGUCGACAGCGGGACGAGAGCUGGCGGACAUCCAACACAGAGAGCGAGUGCUGGAACACGGCCAGUACGCCACCCGGCUGGGGGAAAGUGAGGGUGUUCGGCCUGCGUACCCCAACAACCGAGUCCCAGUCCUCCAGAGGUGCAUUGCUCAGAGCCUUGCAGGGUUCAACGAAGGCGCUUGCCACAACUCUGAAGUAGGCCCCCCCACCUUGGCAGUGGCAACGAGGGAGUCCACCGAGGACGAAGCAUUCUGUCAUGACUUCAGCAGGAAGCGUAUGCACGUCCCCGAGGUGGAGCAGGACUCUGAGCAGGAGGAUGGAGAGAGGGUGUCCCACCCUCUGAAAAGAGCCAGGAUGUCUGCCGAUGAGCAUGAGCAGACUAGUCCUGAUGAAGAGGACGACGAAGUCCGGAAACUCAAAGUCUGCAUCGAGCUCAAGGGUCUGCGCCUCAGCAAGCCCACCCAAGGUGGCGCCGCCUCACCUGACCUCCCCUUCAUCAAGCAGGAGCUCCCCUGGCCCCAGCCACGGCAGCUCGGGCCGGCCCAGCGUGACGAGCGUGCAGCGGAGCAGAGAGCCGACGUCAACAGGAAGUGGCUGCUCAACGGAGUUGCUACGCCUCCCCUUCACCCCGGCGACCAGCUGAAGGACAGAACGCACCCGCUGGGCCCCUUCUCAGGUGACCGUGGCCUCAAGGAGCCUCGGCGCGGCCCUCCCUCUCCGGGCGCCGAGCCCACGCUGGGAGGUGCCCCUCCCCUCAAGCUGCGUCGUCAUAGCGAUGCGGACAAGCCCAAGGGCAAGCGGCCGUGCAAGACCAAACACACCAGCCAGCGGGAGCGGGAGAAGAGGAAAGAGGGCGCCCCCAGCAGCCCCGGCCAGCGCUUUCCGGCUGAUCUGGGAGCAGCUGAGGACGACAGGCUGAGUGAGCAGCGAGAGGCUCAGAGGAAGCGAGCUGCCUCUCCUAAUCAUUAUCCCUGCUCUCCAGUCAAGCCCUGCUCCCCCGCCGCGCUCUGCCCGCCCCCGCCGCAGCCCCAGACGAACGGCAGAGUGGGCGGCGUCCCACCAGAGGUCACCGGGCCGCACCGGACGCCCGCCGUCAUUGCCGUUGACACCACCCCGGCAGUGCGACCCAUCCCGCCCGAGGCUCGCCGGCUUAUCGUGAACAAGAACGCGGGCGAGACGCUCCUCCAGAGAGCGGCACGUCUGGGCUACGAGGAGGUAGUGCUGUACUGCUUGGAGAACAGAGUGUGUGAGGUGAAUCACCGAGACUACGCCGGCUACUGCGCCCUACACGAGGCCUGUGCCCGCGGCUGGCUCAGCAUCGUCCAACACCUUCUGGACUACGGCGCCGACAUCAACUGCAGCGCGCAGGACGGCACCAGGCCUAUUCACGACGCCGUGGAGAACGACCACCUUGACGUGGUUCGCGUCCUGUUGUCCUACGGGGCCGACCCAACCCUGGCCACGUACUCCGGCCGAGGCCUCCUCAAGAUGACCCACAGCGAAGUCAUGGAGCACUUCCUCACCAAUUAUUUCGCUGACCUUCAGGGCCACUCGGAUGACGACCCAGGGCUUUAUUGGGAAUUCUACGGCAGUGCGGUGUGCGAGUCCGCAGAGGACGGCGUCACCGGUUAUGACAUCCUGGCCAAUCCGCCGGGCCCAGAUGACGAGGACGAGGAUGACAAGAGGGAGGUGUUUGAGUUUGAGUUCUCAGACCGACCUCUGCUGCCUUGCUACAACAUCCAGGUGUCCGUCUCUCAGGGGCCCAGGAACUGGCUGCUCCUGUCCGACGUCCUCCGCCGACUGCGCAUGUCGGCCCGCGGCUUCCGCCAGGCCUUCCCGCACAUGGAGGUGGUGACGGUGGCUGAGGCAGAGUUCUACCGGCAGGCGUCUCUGUCACAGCUCUUCUCUUGCCCAGAGGAGCUGGAGGGCUUCCACCCGGACAGCAAGGAGCUGCUGGACCUGGUGGAGGACAGCGCCGAGCUGGCCGCCCUGCUGGGCUCCACGCUAGAGUGCCUGGACGACCGCUGGGACCACGCCAGGGACAAACUGAAGGAGAAGAUCAAGGCCGCUGGACAGGUGGGCCUCAUCCUGAACCCAGGUCCCAAUAAGCACUGAUCCCCUUGCAAGACUGGCAAGGUGGCUUUCCAGUGCUGUGGUGCACUGUAUAUAAUACCAACCUUUGGACCUGCUGGCUGACCUGUCAGCUUAGCCAUAUGUUUGAAUCUCAACAACUGAUGGUCAUAUUUUUUAUAAAUUAAUAUAUGUACAAAUAAGUAAAUAUAAAUGGAUAUAUGUAUGUACAUCUCUGUAUACAUGUGUGUACAUAAAAAAAGAUUUCUCUUCUUUCUGAUGAUGCUAACCACUGACAAGCGUGUGUGUCAACAGUGGGAUGGCAUAUGUGUAGCUGCCUGUGCCAUUGAAUGUGCUAUUUGAGUUCAUAUAGGGAGCACACGAUGUACAAUUUUUGUCCCCUCCCCUCCCACGAAGACUUCAAAACAGGAGGGGCUAUUUUGUUGUACAUCUUUUUUGUAAUGUUGGAAUCGUGCUUACGGUCAAGUCUGUAAUUUAACAUGCGGAUCUACAGCGUUGAUUGUAUGAUAAAGUUUUAUUGUAAUACUGAUCUUCACCCUUUUGGCAAAGAGCUUGUGUGUAUAUAUAAAACAGUGAGGCUACUGCAGUAAAAUCAACUUUUUUGGUGUGUUUCAUUUUUGGUUGGUUUUUAUUUUAACUUUGUAAUUAAAAUGUCUCCUAAUUUGUAUUUAUAUUUUACAAAAGAAGUUGCUUUAAAAUAAAUAUACAAACUGCAAGAUGACACGUGUGUGUAUGCUGCCACUGUUUCGUUUAUUGUGAGGUUACGUUAAGAGCUGAGAGCUAAAUGGGGAACUAAAUGAAUUGGGUGUCGAUGUCAAAUUAAACCGUUUAGCCAAAUUGU